AUGCCGACAGCAACACCCCAAGAUGCAAUCCGCGCCGUUGAGGCCGCCAACACCGCGUUCCCGUCCUGGUCGCAAACAAAGCCCACCGUGAGACGCGACAUCCUCCUCAAAACGGCUGACAUCCUCGAAGCCCGACUGGAGACAUGCGCCGAAUACAUGCGCACCGAGAUGGGCGCCGAUGUAGGCGCUUCACAGGGUUUCGUCGUUCCAUUGGCUAUCCGCAUGCUGCGCGAAGUCGCUAGUCGUAUUACUAGUAUUUGUGGCAGUGUCCCUGUUGUUGAGAUGGAGGGACAGACUGCUAUUGUUUAUAAGGAGGCUAUGGGUGUUAUUUUGGGGAUUGUGCCGUGGAACGCUCCUUACGUCUUCGGCAUCCGCUCCGCAGCAUGUGCCCUCGCAGCGGGUAACACCACCAUCCUCAAAUCCUCUGAACUCACCCCGCGCUGCUACUAUGCUAUUGGUCAGGCAUUCGUAGACGCUGGUCUACCCGCCGGCUGUCUGAAUGUUAUUCAUUGUGCGCCGCAGGAUGCACCCGAGGUUGUCAAUGCCAUGAUUGAGCACGAGGCAGUGCGCAAGAUCAAUUUCACUGGUAGUACGGCUGUUGGUCGGAAGAUUGCGCGCGCUUGCGGGCAGAAUCUGAAACCGUGUCUUAUGGAGCUGGGCGGGAAGAAUAGUUCUAUUGUUUGUGCGGAUGCCGACUUGGGGGUUGCUGUGCAGGGUGUUUUGGCGGGUGCUUUCUUGAAUUCCGGCCAAAUCUGCAUGGCCACAGACCGAAUCCUAGUCCACACCUCCAUCCUCACAGCCUUCACAGACGCCCUCCAAAAAGCCCUAGCAGCAGGCGCCGCAACCUCAACCCAACCUCCAACCCUCGUAAACACAGCCUCCAAAACCCGCGUCGAAGCCCUAAUCUCCAGCGCCGUCGCUGCAGGCGCCCACUUCAUAUCCGGCUCGGCCACACCUAUCCCCACCACAUCCGACUCCGGAGUGCGCAUGGCACCCGCCGUCCUGGGUGGGGUGAAGGAAGACAUGGCCCUCUGGCAAGAAGAAUCCUUCGCAUCUGUCGCCGCAUGCAUGCCCUUCGAGAGUGAAGACGAGGCGAUCCGGUUGGCGAAUGGGAGUGGGUAUGGAUUGUCUGCGUCGGUGUUUACGGAGGAUUUGAGGAGGGGGUUGGCUAUGGCGAAGAGGAUUCAAUCGGGGGCUGUUCAUAUUAAUAGUAUGACUAUCCAUGAUGAGCCGGCUCUUCCUCAUGGCGGUGUGAAGAAUAGUGGUUGGGGACGGUUUAAUACUGAUGAGGGGUUGAAUGAGUUUUUGGUUACGAAGAGUGUUACCUGGAUGGAUUAG